ACCGUUGUCGUGUUCAGUUGAAUUCGAAUUAGUAGCGGAGCCCUCGUUUUAUUGAAUUGAAAAAUAUAAAAUUUUUUUUUGUUUUGUUUUUUUUUAAGUUAUUAAUUUGUAACAUCAUAGUAUAUUUUAUAAUUAGAAAUAUUUUUAAUUGAUUUUAAGGAAAAAAAAUUGAUUCAGUUUUUAAAAUAAAGUUUUUUUUAGUAACAUUUUACCGAUUCAAGCAUUAGUUAGUGCGGUUUUAAUAAAAAAAAAUUUUAAUUUAUGUUGGUGUAAUUUAAAUUAGAAAAUUUUCUGAAAUGUUGAAAAAUAUUGGAUUAAUUGUAGCUUGCUUAUUACAAGUGGCUACAAUAACAUAUGGGGAUGAUAACAGCAGUGAUAUUUAUACUGUUGUAGCGCCAGGAACUAUUCGUGCUAAUUCUGAUUAUCAUGUAUCGGUUUCAAUACAUCAGGCAAAGCAGCCAGCUGAAGUUAAAGUUGGCGUCGAAGGAGAAAAAUACAAAGAUCAUAAAACAGUUAUGGUAGAUCCAAUGUCAACUGAAAUAGUUAAAUUUAAGAUUCCAGAUAUAGAGGAUGGAACCUAUAAAUUAACUGUUGAAGGAGAAAUUGGAGAUAAAAAGUUUAGUAAUUCAACAGAAUUAAAUUUUGCCAAAAAGUACUAUUCAGUUUUCAUUCAAACUGACAAAGCUACAUAUAAACCAGAAGACUUAGUAAGAUUCCGUGUCUUAGUUCUUGAUUCAAAUACCAGGCCAUUUGAUAAGAAAUUCAAUGGAAUCAAUAUUAUUAUUACUGAUUCUGCACAAAAUCGCAUCAAACAAUUCCUUAACGUUGAUCUAACAAAAGGUGUUUACUCAGGAGAACUUCAACUCUCCAGUUUUCCUGUUUUAGGUAAUUGGAAUAUUGAAGUAUCUGUAGAUGGUGAACAAUCGCAAAAAGGAUUUGAAGUUGCAAAAUAUGUUUUACCUAAAUUUGAAGUUCAAAUUGAUACACCGAGAGAUGUUAGUGUUGCAGACGGAAAAAUCCGUGCUAUUGUCCGCUCAAAAUAUACUUAUGGUAAACCAGUUAAAGGAUCGGCUAAAGUUUCUGUUGAACCUUCAUAUCGUAUUUGGAAUGUUGAAAAGCAACCAUAUGCCGAAAAAACUGUUCCAGUUGAUGGAAAAGGCAAAGUUGAAUUUGAUUUAAAAGAAUUAAACUUCACAAAUGAUGAUGAAUCAAGCCGUUAUCAUUAUUAUCCACCAGUUAAAAUGACAGCUAUUGUUGAAGAAGAAUUAACAGGCCUUAAACAAAAUACAAGUACCACAAUUACAUUACAUAGAGAUCGUUAUAAGAUUGAAGGUUUACCAGAAAAUCCACAAUUUUAUGAGCCUGGAAUACCAUUUAAAAUACGUCUUGCUGUUAAAAAUUUCGAUAAUACUCCUGUCAUUGACAGUUCCGAUCAAGUUGUAUUAGAAGUUGAGAAACCAAGACAUCAUUAUAGACCUAUACCACUUACAGUCGGUGUUACCAGUACUACUGGUGAUUCUACAGCAAAACCAGCAGAAGAAGAAGAAGUUGAAAAUCAAAAAAUUCCUGGAAACAUAGAUAAACAAGGAAUUGUAACAUUUGAAGUUACAAUUCCAAGUGAUAGUAAGGAUUCAUUUUAUUCAUUGAAAGCCACUUUCAAAGAACAAACUGCAUAUUUGGGUUCUGUUUCGAAGAAAACACCCAGAGAAGGCGAUUAUUUUGUAAUCGAAAAUUUAACAGAUAAACCUGCUUUGGGCAAAGAUGUUGAACUUAAAGUAUCAUCAAACAAACCGAUUCCAUAUUUUAAUUAUCAUAUUGUUGGACGUGGUAACAUUUUAAAAUCUGAACAUGUUCAAUUACCAGAAAAUACCAAAGAACAUACUAUAAAAUUUACACCAACAUUUGAAAUGAUACCAAAUGCGAACGUGAUGGUUUAUUUUGUUUCAGAAGGCAAUUUAAACUUUGAAGAAACUAAUAUUAAUUUCGAAAAUGAAUUGGAAAAUCAAGUUGAUAUUACUGUACCAGAACAAGCCAAACCUGGUGAAGAUGUCAGUAUUAAAGUAAAUACAAGUCCCGAUUCUUAUGUUGGAUUGUUGGGCGUUGAUCAAAGUGUAUUAUUAUUAAAAAGUGGUAAUGAUAUUGCAAAAUCAGAUGUCUUCAGUGAAUUAACACGUUAUGGAACUACAACCCCGUGGAUACGUGGAUGGGGACGUUAUCCAGGACAACAAUCAGGAUUAGUAACUCUGACAAACUCUGCUUAUCCAUUUGAUGAAAAUGCAAUUAUUUUAUAUUAUGAGCACUGGUAUGGUUCUGAUGAAAUAAUAGAUUGCAACAGUAAUAAUAACAAUAAUAAUAAUAUUAAUAGUGGUAUUUUGAAGAAGAAAAAAAUUAAUAAUGGUUAUAAAUAUAAAAAUUGUUGUGCCAAUACAUUUUUAAAUAACGAAAAAUUUGAUAACGAAAUAUCAAAUAUGUUUAAUGAAUAUUCUUCGAAUGAAAUCGAUCCACCAAAAAUUAUGAAAAACUUAACGAAAUAUAAAUCUUGUCCAUGCAGUAGCACAAAUUUAUUGAUGAAUUCAAUUACAUGGUUAUGGAAAUAUGAUCAUGACAACGAUAAUAAUGGUGAAAUUGUGUUAAAAGAAAAAGUUCCUGAUACAAUUACAUCCUGGGUAUUAACAGCAUUCUCAGUUAAUUCUAAAACAGGAUUGGGUAUUACAAAAGAUGCAACAAAAUUACGUGUAUUUCAACCAUUCUUUGUAUCAACAAAUUUACCAUAUUCAGUAAAACGGGGUGAAGUAUUGAGCGUUCCAGUAAUUAUAUUUAAUUAUUUGGAAAAAGAUUUAGAUGCUGAAAUUACAAUGGAUAAUACAGAUCAAGAAUAUGAAUUUGCUGAAGCUACAAAUGAGAUUGAAGAAAAAUCGAUUGAAGAUAUCAAACGUAGUAAACGUUUAACAGUACCAGCAAAUUCAGGAAAAUCAACAUCAUUUAUGAUUCGUCCUAAGAAUGUUGGAAAUAUGGCAAUAAAAAUUCAAGCAACAACACCUAUUGCUGGUGAUGCAAUACAACAAAUGUUACCAGUAGAACCAGAAGGUGUUACACAAUAUGUUAAUAAAGCUAUUUUCAUUAAUCUCAAGGAUGGAAAAGAACAAAGUGAAAAAGUUAAAAUUGAAAUACCAGAUGAUGCUGUACCAGAUUCACAAUAUGCUGAAGUUUCAGUUGUCGGUGAUUUACUUGGCCCAACAAUAAAAAAUUUAGAUAAAUUAGUUCGUAUGCCAUAUGGUUGCGGUGAACAAAAUAUGGUUAAUUUUGUACCUAAUAUUUUAGUUAUGAAGUAUUUAACUAAUAUAAAUCAGUUAACGCCAACAAUUGAAAGCAAAGCAAAGAAAUACAUGGAAGUUGGUUACCAAAAAGAAUUAACAUAUAAACAUUCCGAUGGUUCUUACAGUGCUUUUGGUGAAAAUUCUGGUUGGGGUGAUAACAAGAAAAAUAAUGGUAGCACUUGGUUAACUGCUUAUGUUGUUAGAUCUUUCCAUCAAGCAAUUCCCUAUAUUGAUAUUGAUCAAAAUGUUAUUGAUAAAGGAUUAUCUUAUUUGGCUAGUGUUCAAACACCAGAUGGUCGUUUCCCUGAAUAUGGAAAAUUACUUGAUAAAGCUCAUUCUGGUGAAUCUGAUACUGGAAUAUCAUUAACAUCAUUCGUUCUGUUGGCGUUCUUAGAAAAUACUGAAAGCAGAGUAAAAUAUGAAGAAAAUAUUCAAAAAGCAAUUACUUAUUUGACUAAUAAUUUGGAUAAAUUGGAUACCGAUAUUUAUGCUACAGCAAUUACAGCUUAUGCUUUAAAAUUAGCUAAAGCUCCAACUGCAGAAAAAGUAAGUGAAAAAUUAAAAGCAAUGGCUAAAGUUGAAGGAGAUAGAAAAUGGUGGGCUAAACCUGAAGAGAAAAAAGAAAAAAAUAACGAAGACAAUUGGUGGUAUAGACCAAAAAGUGCUGAUGUAGAACAAACAGCCUAUGCUUUGUUAUCAAUUCUUGCGGAUAAUGGUCCAGCUGAAGACACCUUGCCUAUUUUGAAAUGGUUAAUCUCAAAAAGAAAUAGUAAUGGAGGUUUUGCUUCAACACAAGACACUGUAGUUGGUUUAACAGCUUUAAUUGGAUUCUCAGAGAAAUUCUCCAGUGGAAAAAGCGGAAAACUAGAUAUAGAUUUCAAUGAUGAUACUGGUGCUAGUGGAAAGAUUAGUGUAAAUCCAGAAAAUGCAUUACUUUUGCAAACACAUGUUCUUUCAAAUAAAGCUCGUGAAGUAUCAAUGUCAGCUAAAGGGGAAGGAUCAUCAUUGGCUCAAGUUUCUUAUAAAUAUAAUGUUGUUGCCAAGAAUUCUGAGCCACGAUUUGCUAUAACACCAAAAGUUAAAGAUGCUGCUGUUAAAGAUAUUUUAAUGUUGGAUGUUUGUGUUAAAUAUAUUCCUAUUGAACAUGAUGUUCAGUCUAAUAUGGCUGUAGUAGAAAUUAAUUUACCAAGUGGUUAUGAAGCACCAGAAAAUGAUGGUUCUCUUGAUAAUAUUAAGUCAACAAAAACGGUUCAAAGAGUAGAAACCAAGAAUAAAAACACAGUUAUUGUUGUUUACUUUGAUAGCAUAGGGUCUGAAGAAAUUUGCAUUCCUGUUGAAGCAACCAAGACAAGUCAAGUUGCCAAACAGAAACCAGCAGCUAUUGAAGCUUAUGAUUAUUACAACAGCGGAAAUCGUGGAAUUGCGUAUUAUGAAAUUAAAUCUUCUCUUUGUGAUAUCUGUUUUGGCGAUGACUGUGGAGAUGGAUGCAAGAAACCAGAAAAUCCUUGAGAAAUUUUUAUAAACUUUUAAGUUUCAUAUUAAAAUUUUUUAUAAUAUGUAAACAGUUUUUAUUAAUAUUUGACUUAGGUUCAAUAUAUUGUUUUACUUUUUCAAAUAAAACAUACCAAAAUAAAACAAAUUUG